AUGUCGCAUUCGGUUAAAACUACGUGGGAUUUCGAAGAGGCAUUUGAUUUAACUGGAAACGGUCGGUACAACUAUCUGGCUCUCUUCGCGUGUUCGGUGAUAUGCAUCGCCGUAUCUCUGGAUAUCUUUGGCUUCAGCGUGGUGGUAGAUGCAGCAGCCUGUGACCUGGAAUUGACAAUCCAGCAGGUGGGACUGCUGGUCAGCGCGCCGUUGGUGGGUAUACUCUUCGCCUACCCAUGGGGCUAUUUAGCAGAUACGCAAGGCAGAAGGCUGGCGAUACUGAUAUCCACUUCAGUAGGCUUUGUCUUUAGUGCCUUGAGCAGUUUUGCAGUUAACUGGCAAAUGAUGUUAGCUGCUAAAGUCGUUGGAAGUAGUUUCUCUUUGUCAUCGUUAACACUGAUAAUGACGUACCUUGGGGAAAGUGUUGCAUCUAAACACAGAAACGAAUAUCUGUUCCUCAUGAACAGUGUUAAUUUGGGCGCUGAAAUGUUCUCAUUUGCUCUUGCCCUGAUCCUCUUACCUCUGCCAAUAUCGAUAUAUCUCCCUUGGCUCUCCAUAACGUUCGUAUCUUGGAGACUUUAUACCUUCGUUAUGUCUCUUCCUCUGGGUUUUGGCGCUUUGCUGAUGCUGAGCCUUCAAGAAAGUCCCAAGUUUUUAUUUAGUAACGGCGAAGAUGAUAGAACUUUAGCAGUAUUGAGGAAGAUUUAUCUUGCCAAUUGUGGGAAAAAGAGUCAAUAUCCAGUUAAAGCUCUUAUAAAGAGUAACGAUAUUAAAGAAAAUACCUCAUUCUGCGGCUCGCUGGUGCGGCAGACGUUGCCAAUGUUCACACCGCCGCUAUUGUGGAGGACGUUACAGUUAUUCUAUUUGAUUAUUUUGGUUAUUGCUGUUAAUAACAUAAGCCUGAUGUGGUUCCCAAUGAUGUUGGAUCUAGUUUUCAACUCCAUUGAGUCAGACACAGUUUCUGGAACCUUCUGUGAGAACCUUGUCAGAAACGUUACGAUGUCAAGGCCGUUAGAGAAUAUAUGCCAAGAACCCGUCGCAACGAAGACAUUAGCCGCUGGUCUGUUAACCAGCAUGUUCUUUGGUCUACUUAACUUGUCAGUAACAAAACUCGCGGUAACAGUUUUGAAGCAACCCAUAGCCAGCGUUGUAUUCUUUGCUUCGAUACAAACAGUUGGGCUUGGGAUCGGUUGUUUGGCCUCUUAUUUCAACGAUAUGUAUCCAACAUUUUGCAGAAGUCUAGCAACUAGUCUGGGUUUCAUGCUGGCGCGGCUUUUGGCACUAGUGGGCGUUAUCGUCAUAGGUGAUGUCGUGGUGCAUCACUGCAACCUCAUCUUUUAUACAGCUAGUGUCGGGUUUUUGUCUGGCAUCGCCGUCGCAGUGUUCCUGCCACCAGACAAACAACUUGAUACUUAA